CUCGGUGUUGCACUUCCGUGACAGCUUCCUUCUCCGGUCUCCACAAACUGAAAAUGAGUUUAUUUUUGCCUAAAUUGACUUGCAAAAAAGACAUAGACGAUGUCAUCAAGGUAAUAGCAGAAAAGGUGGUUGUUUUAAGGUUUGGCAGAGAUGAAGACUCGGUUUGUCUCCAGCUAGAUGAAAUUCUGUCCAAAACUGCCCAUGACCUGAGUAACAUGGCGUCCAUCUACAUCGUUGACGUGGAUAAAGCUCCUAUUUACACAAGAUACUUUGACAUCAGUUACAUCCCCUCCACUGUUUUCUUUUUCAAUGGACAGCAUAUGAAAGUGGACUAUGGGUCACCAGAUCACACCAAAUUUGUGGGCAGCUUCAAAACCAAACAGGAUUUCAUGGAUCUGAUUGAAGUUAUAUACAGGGGAGCCAUGCGGGGGAAAAUGAUUGUCCGGAGUCCCAUCGACCCUCAAAAUAUUCCCAAAUAUGACCUACUGUACCAUGGCAUUUAGCAUUAAUAUCUACAACAUUAUCUUAAAUCCUACCAUUGUCCUCAAUUAGAUGAAGUGUGACUGUAUAUAUAUAUAUAUAUUUUUUAUCACACGAUGUUGUCAUGAUUCCUGUGUAAAUAUUCUAGUCCAAUUGAGAACAUUUGGAGAUGAAUGUUGAAGGAAGGUAAGAGAAAUGGACAUCAGUUCCAGACAGUGGGUGCCCUCUGUGAAGCCAUCUUCACCACCUGGAGCACUACCCUCCUAGAUAGAACAGCCUAUUUCACUUCAAUGGUUGUUUGCAAUAAAUUGCUUACUCAUUUUUUUUUGUCUCACUCACAUUUCUUCUUUUUGUAUUUUGAAUGUCUAUUGAGAAGCUCCUUAAGAUCUAACAGUGCAAAAUGUAAAUUGUUGCAAUUUUUUCAACUGGCUUUAAAAUUUUGACCAAAACUGAAUGUGCUGUAUAUGAUAUCAGGGGAUUUGAUAGAUUCAUA